AUGCUCAGCAUGAUUGCCCAUGCUGUUAUAGAAAAUGGACCCACUUCCUCGGAAAGUAAGAGUCUCACACCCAGUACUUCCAACACAUUCCUGGACCAAGGAAAGCAAUUGUUGAACUAUGGAGAGUCCCUAGUAGAGUCGUUGACGUCCUCCUUGGUUCAAAAUGGAGCAGAUGAACAAAAGGAAAAAAGUGGUCGGUAUUCAAGAGCUUUCAAUUCUCGCCAAGUGGUCUGCUUGAGAGCGUUGAUAAACCUUGCUAUAUCUCUUGGAUCAACCUUGAGGGAAUCCUGGGAUAUAGUAUACACCACUUUCCAAUGGUGCAACUACUACCUACACGGCGCCGACGAGUUCAGUCUGGCAAUUAAAACUGAAAAAGAUAGCGGGAAAAUGAGAGGAUCCAUACAAAGACUCGAAGACAUGCCCAAGCUUUCAGCACAAGACAUAAGUACCAUAGACAAUUUGAGGUUGAAGUUGUUAGAGAGCUUUGGCGAAUACCCAGAAGAUUCUUUUGCCAAUGUUCUCAACUCAUUGAUACGCUUAUCAGAUAUCCUGUUCGGAAGGAAAGAGCAAAAGAAUACCGAAGUCGAAACCAUAGGUCUCUGUCCUUACAACAAGCUCUACUUUUUCAACCAGGUAGUAGAGGUUUGCAGAGCUAACGCAUCAAGAUUUGCUAUUGACUCUAUUACUUUAUGGGAGACUGUUGCGAAGUACAUUACUGAGUUGGGCAAGGAUAGAACCUUGAAUUAUAACUUGAGAAUUCAUAUUGUGGAUGCCUUGAACUCGAUAGUUGGGUCAAUUGCAGAAGGUGGAUUUUCUCUCUCCAAAGGAGAAGUGAGCACCAGGACAGCAAACAUGACAUUGGAUUGCCUAGUGGCUUUUCUCAACUCCAUUUUCGACGCUGGGAGUACAAGUGAAACACUAGUCAUUAAUUGCGAAACAGAAAUUCACUUGAAAGUCUUAUCCACCGUACAUGAGUUGAUUGACAAGUACGACUCUUUUUACCAACACACAUGGAAACAAGUGUUCAGUAUUAUCAACACCCCAUUUGUGGCUGGUGCUGUUUCUGAGAGCAAGGAUUCUAACCUCAACGAAAAGAAGGCACAACUUAUCAAUUAUGCGUUUGAAACGUUAAAGUUAAUUUUGGAUGAGUUUCUUGAAAAUCUACCUUCCAACCAGCUCAGAAUGGUUACAGAUACCUUGUUCAAUUUCAGCGAGCAACAAUAUGACCUUAAUAUCUCGUUCAGUUCUGUGAGCUGUUUCUGGAUCAUAGGAGACUCCAUCAAGUCAAAGAUCGAACUGGCGAAAAUUCAAGGAUCGUCUACCCAACUCUCUUCAGAAACAGAUUUAAUUCUGUAUCUUUCCAGCGAAAAGGACGAAACUAAGCAAUAUUUCGUGAAUAUGGACGUAUACCUUCUUCUAGUCUUGGCUAGAGUAUGCGGUGAUAACAGGGCCCGUGUACGAGACGGAGCAAUACAGACGUUUUUCCAGAUUGUGGAUGUCCAUGGAAGCAGUAACUUUGACUGGAGAGCAAUCUACGACAUUGCGCUUCCAAGUCUUUUGAAUGUGGAAAUUGAUCCACAAGAUCCCACGUUCAACAAGCCUGAAUGGCUCGAAAGCUUGAGCUUAACUUUCACCGGAUUCGAGAAUGUGUACGACAGAUUUGUUACGACGAAGCAGGAAAGCGAAGUUUACUGGGAAGGUAUUUUGAACUAUUUCACCAGGUUGCUGAAGCACAGGUGGGUUGAUCUAGACUUGAAAAUAGUCAAGUCUUACGAUGAGCUUCUUUCGCUGUUACUAAAAAGACCAGAUGUCUCGUUGAAUUUGAGAGACAUCUUCUAUCGAUUCUGGGUUUCUGUAUCAAUUGAGUACGAUUUCAUCAACCCAUUAUACCAAAACUUUCUUGCAAGUUUUUGCGAGUCCUAUAUCCAUCUCAACCAGCUUAUUGGAGGCAUUAUAGACGAAGAGAAAAUAUCAAGAAUACUUCAUGCGUUGAGUCAUUGUGCUAGGUACCCUGUGCUACCCAACCGAGUUCGUGAUGAAGAAAAACCGUCUGAAUUGCAAAAUGCCGUAUUGAACAACUUGAAAUGUAUCAAGUCGAAAAACCCAAUUGUACAGUCUGCGGUUGUCCAGCAAUUGGCAGCGAUGACUGUGUUUCCAUUUGGAGUGAAAAGCAGAAUCGAACAAAGAGUUGCUGGGAAGUUGAAUGGAACGGCUAAUUUACCUACUUUUCAUGCUUUAAGCAGGUCGUCGAUGCAAUUGUUAAGUGAAAAGCUUCAAGCUAUCGAUCUCCUCGGUCCAUUGGUCUCUGAUACUGGCAUUCUUCGAGUGUUGAGAUCAUUGAUAGAAAUGAUCAAACAGAAACCUGUGUUCACUGGAACCAAUGGUUCUGGUCCUAUAUGGUUGGAAGCCGAGGAUCUAGUCAGAUCUCUUGUUCAAAGGCUCACUGCUGAUGACGGAGCCAUGAUAGACAACAGUGGAAACUCCGAGGCUUACUGGAACACGAUUUUGCAAGCACUCAAUAUUUGUUUCGAAGUUGGAGACAAUCACUACGAAAGCAAUAUUAUUGACCAAUACAAGCUGUUGAGCAACCAUGUGUUUCCGGUUCUUCUAAAAAAGAAGGGAGUUGAGCCUUUGAUUGACGAUUUUCUUCAUCGGGUGUUUCAGGUUUCUUUUCUCUACCGGUCAAAUGAUAUUGAAGAUGCUCUAAGACAAAAAGAUGAAAAAGAACAAGACUGGGUGGUUCCCUUUUCCAAGCGUCUAUGCGAAUAUGACUUUGGUUCAAGUAUAGGCACCACAAUGUAUCUUCAACCUUACAACGACAGUCAAGUAAGAUUGAUGUGUCUCACCGAACUAUGCUCUUUUGCCCAAAAAGACUACAAGCGUGCCAAGCAAAUGUUGGUUUGCAGAGCUGCCUUCUGCCUCCGGCGGUUUGUGGCCGACGAACGACUCCUUUACCGAGCUCCGCUUCCCAAGAUCCAAAAACAGGAGCUAUUCAUUAUUCUUAAUGCGCUCGUGAAAAUAAUUCUGUCUAAAAAUGUGGAAUUUGACUCUUUGCAAUUGCUAUUGGUGGAGUCCAUCCCUUACGCCUCUCGUAUAGAGGGGCUUGCCGUUCUUCUUCAGCAGGUUCUUCAACGCUUGGGAAGGAAAGGGAGUAAUGCAACAGAUUAA